AUUUAUAUAUUUUUUUUUAACGUUGUCUAAUAUAGCUGCCCGGCGCUGCAAUUUCGGAAUCUGCCCUUGUAUAUGGCGGACGAAAAUUUCCACACAGGAGGUAUACUGCAAGAGAAACCCGUGGUAGUCCGAAAAUGAGGCUUGCGCGGACUAUGGAAACCUCGCGGAAACCAAUCCUCAUACGCCACGACCUAUUGAAGAAAAUGUAACGGCGCUGGUGUGGACGGAAAUUAAGUUGUUUCGAAUUUGAACAUUUGGAAUUUUCUACUAACUAAUUUAAAAUUUGGAAGAGGCGUUUGUGUGCAGCCAGCAGCCACCGCUGGUCGAAAAGGGGAGAUUGCAGCUGAGCUGCCUCGCUUAAUCUUCAUCGUUUCGGGAGUAUCAACACCCCAGACGACCCAUCCGCCAUGAGUGCCCAAAAGGCGGCCAAUCCUGGCACAGGGUUGGCAGAGGCGGCUGGGGGCGGGGCCAAAGGUACCCCUGCCUCUACCUUGACCCCGACCACUGCUACAUCGGCGCCAGCAACUGUCGGCACGUCGACCAAAUCGCCGGUCCAGCUGCCAGUCACGGUGAAGACGGAACCGGGCACCACCAACGGCAAAAGGGACGACGCCGACCCAGCGGAGAUCUGCGUGGUGAUUGGUGGAAACGAUGUGGGGGGCGGAGCUCGUGCAGCGCAGACCCAGGGUAUGUUUACCCAUGGUACCCCUCCUCCAACGAAGAAUACAGACUCAUGCAUAGGCUCCUAUGUGUGUAGGGUAUGUGGAAAGAAGUACAAGUACUACAACUGUUUUCAGACCCAUGUCAGGGCACACAGAGAAACAAAUACAGUUGUUGGAGAGGCCUUACCGCCAGCUCCCAGCAAUAACUUCCGGUAUUCGUGUGACAUCUGUGGGAAGAAGUACAAGUACUACAGCUGUUUCCAGGAGCAUCGGGACCUGCACGCGGUCGAUGGCCUCUCAGAUCCGUACGAGCAGGUGGGGUUACCGGUGGAAGACAUUAAGGAGGGAGAGCCGGUCGAACCCUAUCAGAAGAUUGGACCAAAAACGGGGAGCUAUGUGUGUGAGGUUUGCGGCAAGCAGUACAAGUACUUUAACCCCUACCAGGAACACGUUGCUCUUCACACACCGAUGGGUCGUUCCUUUGACAUGAAGUCCCCGUGCACACAGCAGCGAGGGAAAAUUGACUUGAACAAAUUUGGUCAACCGAGCAAGGAGAAAAACACUCUGUUAAUUCGUAAAGUGGAAAGCACAAUGCAGUCAAGUCUGGUGGACACCAACAGCUCCAAGAACUCAAGUGGAACCACAAGCCCCCUGGUGGCUAGCACGUUCUCUACAACUCAAAAACCCUACACUUGUGGCGCCUGUGGCAUCCAGUUCCAGUUCUACAACAACCUGCUGGAGCACAUGCAGUCCCACGCAGCCGACAACGAGAACCACACCAAGGGGGAUUCUCCCAAAUCGCCCCCAGUCUCAGGCCCCCAGGAGCCACCGUGGAGGGGCCAAGGAGGGGCCCAGACCACCAUCUCUGCGGUCCAGCCCCCAGCCCCCCAGGCCCAGGCCCAGGCCCACGGAGCGGCUCAGAGGAACCACUCGCUCCCCAGCCACAACGGGCUCCCGGAGAAGGAGCGGCAGCAGGUGGCGGAGCGGCUGCUGCGCGUCAUGUGCUCGGACCUGAGCGCCCUGGCGGUGCUCAGCGGCAAGGACUUCCUGAAGCUGGCGCAGACGCUGGUGGACACGGGCGCCCGCCACGGCGCCUACUCCACGCGCGACGCCCUCGGCGGCAGCAUGAGCGCGCUGGCGCUGCGGCAGCUGCCGCGCAUGUACAACCAGGUGAAGGUGAAGGUGACGUGCGCGCUGGGCGCCAACGCCGCGCUGGGCCUCGGCGUGACGUGCCACUCGCAGGCGCGCGGCCCCGACGCCUGCUACGUGCUGACGGCCCACCAGGUGGAGGGCGCGCGGCUGCGGCGCUACGUCCUGGGCGUGCGCGAGGCGGAGCUGAGGGAGGGGCCCGAGCAGGUGCAGCAGUGGAUCCAGAACGUGCUGUCGGAGUUCGUCAUGUCGGACGUGCGCACGGUGUACGUGUCGGAGCCGCGGAUGGCGGGCGGCGUGGGCGGGGGCUCUCCGUUGGGCGGCGGGGGAGUCGGAGGGGGCGGGGGCUGGGGCCGGGGCCGGGUGUGCCUACGCUGCGCCGGGUGCUCGCUGGGGGCGGUGGUGCAGGCGGUGCUGGGGAAGCACAGCCUGCAGGCGCGGGGGCUCCACGAGCUGGCGGAGCUGCUGGCGGCGUGCCGCGAGAUCGCCUCGUCCACCCGCCUGUCGCUGCGCGAGGACGCCGCCGCCGCCGCCGCCGGGCCGGCGCCGUCGCCGGCAGGCGAGGAGGGCGGGGCCCAGGCGGCCACGCCCCCGUGCUGGGACCGCACGGCGGAGUCGCUCCUCCAGGUGCACACGCACUUUGAGCAGGUGUGCGAGGCGUACGGCCGCAGCAAGGCCACGGCGCCGCUGCUGCAGGGCCUGAACAAGCACCUGCUGGCCACGCUGGCCUGCCUGCUGGCCCCGCUGCGGCUGGCGGCGCUGGAGCUCAGCAGCCAGCGGAGGCCCACCCUGCAGCAGGUGCUGCCCGUCUACCUGCGGCUGGAGAAGCUGUUCACGGCCAAGGCCGGGGAGCCCGGCGCGGGCACGGCCAGCAAGCUCUGCCACUACUUCCUGGAGGCGCUGAAGGAAAACUUCAAGGUGGAGCGCGCCCACCAGGUUGCCAUGAUCCUGGACCCCCAGCUGAAGCUCCGCCCCGUGCCGGCCUACCAGCACGACGAGAUCAUCGCCCGGGCCUGCGAGAUGGCCUCCGAGCCCCGGGAAGGCGGCGGCGGUGGAGGGGGAGGUUCGGGCGCCGAGGACCACAACAGCGACGGAUCGCCCCCGCCGAAGCGCGGCCGUCUCGAAUGCGGCGGCGGCGGUGGUGGCGUCCCCACGGGGGCCAACGCCCUGCCCCCCUCCUCCGCCACCCAGUCCACCCCCUCGGGGAACGGGGUGGGCGGUGAGCACGUUCGCAAGGAGCUCUACCAGUACCUGGCGGAGCCCCCGGUGCAGGGCACGCCGGACCUCUUCCAGUACUGGAGCUCUGCAGCGGCGGGGGGCGGAGCCUCAGGAGGAGGAGGCGGGGCCGGGGAGAGGUUCCCCCGGCUGGCGCGCCUGGCGCUCUGGCUGCUGGCGGUGCCGGCGGUGGGGGUCCGCAGCGAGUGCGUGGCGCUGUGCGAGCAGAGCCUGGCCAUGAAGCGCCGGCAGCAGGUGACGGCCGAGGAGAUGAACAAGCUCAUCUUCCUGCGCUCCAACAUGGGGUAGGACCGACUCGCUUUGAGGUGCAGCCGCGCCGCUAGGAUAUAUAUAGGUGUAGAUCGGAUAGUGACCCCAACGACCUCCUCGCUGGAGAUCCCCGAAGACUAUUUAUAAUCUUAGAGGUUCGUGUGUGUGACGCAUCGAGGGUUUAGACGUGUAUAGACGCAGAGUGCUUCUGAAGUACACUCGAGACAAACUCAAAGACUUAACGGGCGUAUUGUAGCGGUUGGACAAAUCCAGUUGGACAGUGAGUUAAAUAUUAGAUCUGGUGAGAAGAGACACGGACAGUACGAUGAUUAAAGGGUUGGAGUCGUUGAACUAAAGUAAUUUUUUUGUUUGCACCCCCUACUUGUCCUCAGUAUCUAUGAAUCCUUCACUCUAUAUUAUGUCACCAUAGCGGUUAUCGCUAUGGUGAUCCAAUGGAUCCUCUCAAACGGAGCAACACGGGCAUGUGUGUUAUGAAGUUCACUGCCACGUCACCCAACAUCGCUGACGCUGAUACAACCUUUAAUACAGGGUUUACAGUGACCUUACACUGACCUAUACACUUCAGUGCAUUGAUUGAAUAUAUAUGUUCACGACCAAGCCGACGUUAGACUAUAGGUACGAUAUUAUUUUGCAACCUGUAUCACAACUGCUGAAGUCCAAUUGUAUUGUUUCUUCUUUUUUUACAGUGAGAAAACAGCUUUUCCAUAGGAUGGUAAAAGGAAUUUCUAUAAAAAAUAAUCCGUCUUCCUUCUCAUAUAGUUGUCCCUAGACCAAAAUUUGAUUUUAACAGAUUCAGAAAAGUAUAUUAAAGUCAUAAUUGUGUUGGAUUCGCAUUUCACAAUUCACUUUUAUCAACGCAAAAAUGCCAUUUCCUGUGUAGCUCCUGCUGUAGUGGAUGACGUUAUUGUUUAGCAUUAGACAUAUGCAUGGAGUUUGUUCUCAGGAAAGCCCCACCAAGCAGCACGUUUAUUUUUCUGCUAUAAAGGGACACUAUGCCGACUUCACCUCAAGGUCAUCCAAAUGAGCGGGUAUGGAUGAACGCAAGGCAAGGUCCAACCCCUGUGUGUUGUUAGCUCCGUUCAGCGGCACCAAAACAGAUCCUUUGUAGGUUAAACAACGUCACUUUACAGACGAGGUAUGCGUUAUGAUUUCACGAUACAUGAUUCUAUUUGAAUUCAUAUUUGCCUGGGGCUUGAAAAAAAUUAUUCAGGCCUAGAGUCUGUUGUCACUUGAAACUAGAAGGUAUCUUAUUUCAUGACUGCAUUGUUUGUAAAAUGCAAAUUGUUGUGUACUUUCAUGACUGACUGUGUACUGAUUACAUUUAUUUUUGGACCUAACAGUGACCUCUGCUGGUUCUUUUUCAGUGUCGGAACCAUUUUAGUUUGAUUCAGAGACCACUUUUAAAACGUUAUCUAAAAAUGUUAUUUAAUUGUAUAUAUUGAUAAAGCCUCAAGCCAAUCUUUUUUAACAAUGUGCAUUGAUUAUACAAAUUUCGGCGAAUAAAUUGACUCAAGAAGUUACAUUUUAAAAAUAUUUUAAAUGUAUAAAUCAGGCAACUAUAUGAAGAAAAUCGCUUUGGUUUCUCUUUAUGUAAUCACCGAUUGGUUUGGUGGUGUGGUCAUGAACUAAAAACUAAAAUGUGCAUAUAUUAUAACAGAUCUAAACAGACUACUGCUAACCAUCUUCAAUAGGAAUACUCAAAUGAAAUUGCUUCACAGUGUAGUCUGAAUUUAAGAACAGAGAAUAUCUCACACCAUUGAAUUCAGUUAUAAAUCAGGAUUUUCCACCCGUUUUAAGAUCAAUUAGAAACCUUUGCUUUGUCACACACACACGCACACGCACACACACACAGCAUCAAAAACGCAAAUCAAAUCGUGAUCAUGUUUUUCAGGGAUUCAGUUCAUGCACUGAAUGAAACCUAAACUGUAAGGAGCUUAAGUCGGUGUAACUGGUUUCGUAUUAUAAAAUCAAAAGUGGAAGAAUUCACAUUUAUUUUAGAGCAACAAAGGCAUGACUAUUCAAAUGUGUUGUUUGCAGUAAACAUUUCAUUUUGGUCAGUUACGAAUUUAAGCUAUCUAUUUUUUUUAACAUGACGACUGUUGAGUAAACGAUUUGAAGGCUAAUUCAUUUGUGUCCAUACUAUUUAUAUAUUCUAUCAUUUUUUUCUUAGUUUUUCGCGCCAAAUCAACUCUCCAUUUCCAAGUAGGAAUGCUUUGAUAACAAAAUGCCACUUUUGAAGCACUAAAGUCUAUUUAACUAAUGACAUUUUCGUUGGUGAGAUUAGAGUUUUCUAUCUGAGAUAUGCAUGCAAAGACUAUAAAAAAAUUCUCAUGAACAUGUCUCAUCUCAUGAACAUGUAUUAUAUAUAAUUAUUAUAAUAGUUUAUUAAUAAUAGGCCGGAUUGUUCCUUUAACAAAUAAACCGAGACUAUUAUUUGCUUGAAAGAAGAGCCUUAGCAAUUUAUUGAUUAUUACUAUGGUUAUACGAGUAUGGCUAUAGGUGAUCUUAUUCCGAAUCGCGUAGGUUGGUGUAUUUGGGGUGACGUUAUCUGGAUUGAGCGACCAUUCGAGUGUAAAUAAAAGUGAACUGCUGUUUUUCUGCCACCAGGGGGCAUCGUCAUUACAGAAAUAUAGCGAGCACCGAUACCACCAUACCUCUUUUUUCUACACUAGCGUUUAAAAAAAAGUUUUGAUAUAUAUAGAACUAAACUUGGGUAACGUUAUUAGAAUUAUUUUUGCGUUUUUAAUUUAUUCAAAUAUCUGUACAAGAUGGUUGACAUAGAAAUCUGUCAUGUUUUAGAACAUUUAGUCCAUUAGCAAAUCAGGUGGAGAGUUCACUGUUGCAUCUGUUGUAUGUCUUUCGUUGACAGAAAUGUUCUCCUUUUAUACCCUGCUUGACAAAGAACGCAAUGUACCCUAUUCUUUUUUUCUUUUCUUGUCUUUUUGUUAUACUUUCAGUAUAGUCGUGUAGUCCAAUUUGAGUUCGAUUAGUACAACGCCUAAUUUCUACUUUUUUUCUAGCAACACUAUUUUUAUAAAACACAAGUGAGAAUUAAAUGCAUUUCUUUCUUUUAGUUUUUUUUUCUUUUUUUUUUAGUUUUAGUCUUUUCUGUAUCAUACAUGGCAGCGCUGUUCAAUGUUUAUUGAAAUACAUUAACUGUAAUACGUGACGUGUGAACAAACAAACCCAAAUAAAUACCUAAUCACUGA